AUGAAAUUUCUGAUUAUUUUCGGUCAAAUCUUUCUCAUUCGCCACGUGGCAACAAUAACUGAAAAUGAUCUGGAAAUUGCUGAAAAAAUGUAUGAAGUUGCGCACAAAGCGAAAAGUGUUGAAGAACUUCGUCGAGUUUUUCGUGAGCCUCUCGAAUUUGUCGAUUGUCUCGGAAAUUCCACGAUAUUCGAAGGAGCACUUUUUGAGAUUCUGUUGGCUACCAGAAUUUUGUUCGAUCACAGUUUGAAUACCUUCAAAAUCUCAAACUUGAAAUCCGAAGAAACUCGAUUCACAUUCGAUUUGGACGCCUAUUUUUGGUUGAAUAAUUCAACAGUUCGAGCGAAUUAUGAGGCUGUGAAAAGGGUUGGAGAAAAUGAAAAUGAAGGGAUCAAAAUUGAAAAAGUUACACAAAUUUGUUGA